AAACGUAAAAGGAAAAAAAAAGAAUUUGGAGAAACAACUUUCAUAGAAGAGUUCCUUAGAGUUUGCUGCUCAACAAUGGUGGAUCCAGUGAUGGUCUCUUCAAACAACAAACCUAUCUUCUUCAUAGAUCUUUCUGGACAAAACUCCAUUCCUAUGAUUCCGGAUUCGUUUAUUUCGAAUCACGUGAAGGGUAAAACUCAGUCAACGAAGCUGAAACUGACUACGGAUGUUUCGGACAGAUCGUGGGAAGUCGAACUGGACGGCCAGAGAUUCGCCCGUGGAUGGAAACAAUUCUCGGUUCACCAUGGUGUCCGAAACGACGACGUUUUGAGUUUCAGGCACGACGGCGACAUGGUUUUCCACGUCACGCCCUUUGGCCGUAGUUUCUCUCGUCAGAUACUACAGUUCGUCUCUUCUACCUCUGAAGAUGAAAAUGAAGACGAUGAACAUAAUAUCUUUGAUGAUGAUGUUUUUGAUGAAGACGACGACGAGGAGCAUGCCGAUGCUGGAGAUGAUGAUGAUGAUGAAGAUUCGGAAGAGGAAUUAUAUCCAAACAAAACUUCGUCGAAGAAGAGAGCGAUAUCAGGAACAGAGAACUCUUACCUUCUUGCGCACGUCACAUCUUCAACCCUAAGCCGAAGUCACCUGUGUCUUUCAAACAACUUUGCUAGGUCAAAUGGUCUGAACAACAGACACUGUGAGAUUGAUCUACUCAACGAAGAUGGCAAAUCUUGGACAUUGGAUCUUCGACACAACAAAACAACCGGUCAAGCUUAUAUGUGCAGAGGCUGGACAAGUUUCUGCCAAGGAAAUGGGAUCAAAACCGGUUCUUCUUGUCGAUUUAAAUUUGUCCAAGGCGGAACCAAACCGGUGAUACAGCUAUGUCCCAACAAUACCUCCACCAUUCUUCAUGUUCCUGAGACCAAAGGCGAUGAGAUUGAUUCUGAGGAUGGUUCAGAGACAGCUCAAAUGAAUCAGAACAUGACUGUGGAAAUAGAGCUUAAACGUUACAUGUUAAGGUCAGGUCAACUUCGAAUCCCUGCACUAUUUACAAGAGAGAACGGGAUCAAUGAAGCAGGAGAGGUAACUCUAGUGAACAAAGACGGCGUAGAGUGGAAGUUGCAUCUAGUUAGCGUCAAAGGACGUGAACAGUUUUACAUUAAAGGUUUUAAAGAUUGCCUUGUAGCCAAUGGCGUAAAGAAAGUUGGUGAUUCCUUCACACUUGACAUAAUUCGAGGAGGAACUGGUCCUAUUCUCAAGAUCUGCUCCAAGAUGAAGGAAGCAUCAUUCGAUGGUAAUCAUAGUAUGAACAGAAGAAAGUCAAGGAUGAUUGAAGCAUCACGAGCUGAAGAAGAGAUGGAGACUUGUAUCCAAAAGAAAGCUCGAGUUUCUACAGAAGGAGGAUCAUCUCGCCGUACCCGGGCAUCAAAUAAAUUAAGUGUUGGUCCAUCAAACUUGCAGCACAAGAAAGCACCUGAACCUUGCUCAAUCUCUGAUCAAGUGAGUAAGGUGAGACAGAGUAUUGUGCAAACUUUAACCGAUGUAAGACUGUUUCGAUCAGAGCUUGAGACGAAGGAACAAAAUCUAGAAACUUCGCUGCUGGAAAUUGAUGCUCUAGGGGAAAAGAUAGAGGGGAUCAGCAAAUUCUUCAACGUUAAUCAGGUCUCGAUUAGCGUCCGGUUGAGUUUGAGUUAUGGUUUGAUCUUUACGCGGACGACCUCUCUUUCUCUUCUCCGGGAGAUCAUUUGCAACAGGAGGAGCUAAGCUUGAGGAGGCUGGAUUCAAAGGAUCCAUUCUACAGAGAACGACAACAACAAACAAAUAAUUAAAUACAACAAUUACAGUUCUAUUUU